AUGACUGAUCAAAAUGGAUCAGGGGACGGAAAGAGGAUCCUGACGCCAAGAAGCGAGCUCCUCUCAAGGUUCGAUGCUGCAGUGGUGGAACAAGGAGAGGCCAUGGCCAAGGAAUGGACCAACCGCGAUGAAGACAACAUGGCGCGGAAGAUGUAUAAUGAUCGAGAGGCGCUGCUGACCUGCGAGCGUCUGCUGUCGAUGCUCAAAGCGAAGGAGAUGCAACAAUGUGACGCUAUGUCCGCCGCUCGGAACCACCUGCAUGGCUGCGAUCUGCUCGCUUUCCUCUCCAACGUGUUGGGGAGCCAUGGCAUUCCAGGCGCUGUAGAAGAUCGCCGAUGGACGGAGGCGAGAGUGGCAGCGGCGAAGCUGAUGCUGCAUCUCUGCGAUGGCAGCAGCAAGAACAGCGUCUGGAUCCUCUCCAGCGAGGAGCUGAGGGGGAGGAUAAGAGAGACGUUGAGGGAGGAGGCGAAGCUGAUAGAAAGCUUGUCCAUGGAUGAUGGGAACACUGAAGCUCUCAGGGCCAUCCGGGAGUGCCAACACCUCCUCGUCCUCCUCCUCCAGUGUCUCGAAGAGGAACGAGCAUGA